AUGGAACCCAUCCGCGCCCGUAAACGACCCACUCCGGCGCCGGCAGCAGAAAGGUCGCUCCGGUCUGCCGACAAGGAGGCCUCCGACUGCACCCAGCUCGCCGGUUUCACAGAUCUGCCCGCAGAAAUCCACCUUCUCAUUUCCAAGCAACUCAUCUACCCCGACGCCCUCUCACUGAAACACACCAGCAGCUACUUCUACUACCUCGUUGACACGGGCGCUUCUGAUGCAAAGGCGACGUGA